AUGGUCAACGGUACUACAAAGAUUUCUAAUGAAACGGUUGAACUAUCAAGCUUGCCAUCUGUCAAGCAGAAGGGGGAGGUCUGGUUGACCCUGGGUGGACCCAAGGAUGGCGACGAUGUUAAAUUACUACUUAGAUGGGUUCCAAUGGUCAUAACAUUUUCCACUGGUGAGACCGGCGAUGGGCAUAUCAAUGUUAGAGAGGAAUUGAUAAAGGAUUUAGAACCUUUCGACAUAAAACUUUCGUCAGAACUUCAUCAGCUUACUAAGUUUUAUAUGAAACCCACUAGCAACUCGUCGAAACUAUUGACAGCACUGGUAAAGUGUAUUCCAAUUGUUACAUUUGAAUUUUCUAAAGCUUUAAAAAAAGCUUGUGAGGUACUCUCUGGGGACGACAGCAUGGAGACUGACUUUUACAAGAAUUUUCCAAAUGCUGAACAGUACAUACCUGAUCCAGCAAUGGCACCAAACUCUGAUCGUAUGAAGCUUUUCGAAAACAAGGUGUUUAUCUUUCCACAGACAAAAGAGCGAGAUGCAUUGCUAGGAGCGAUCACCAGUGGUGGAGGCAAGGCAUAUGUCUACGAGAUGACCUCUGCUCAUGAACCGCCUAGUCGAAUAAAAGAUUUUGUACUAUCCAAAGUUAAGAAUAUUGAUAAUCUCGUGUUGGUGGGCUAUCAUACUUCUGAAAGGUCUAAUCAAGAGGAUAUUGACAAAUUAUUAGUUCUCAACAAUGCUGCAAAGAUGAUUGGCACAAGACUGUUCGCAGCCUCUGACUUUCUCACUGUAAUUCUUGAGGCAGAUGCAAGUAAAUUAAACUUGAGACGACCAGAUGAAGAUGGCGCACCCGUUAGUUUCACCGAACAACCAAAAAGACUAGGAACAGCUUCGUUUUUAGAAACAAGCAUUAGAGUCGAGGCAGAACGAAAGCCUGGCCCAAUACGACGAAGAAAACCUCAGACAAAACAACUUAAUAUUAUGGAUCUGAUGGCUACUACCAAAAGGGAGCCUGAUAUGCCUGUUUUAGCUCCAAAUCAGGCAGAUAGUUUAUCAAUGAACAAAGUGGCUGAUUCUAUGGCUAUAGAUGCCAAAGAUGGUGCGGUGGAGACUGCGGAUUCUCAAGCGACCGCUAAGGAACCUGACACUCAUGGAGAAACUCGUUCACCAUCGAGAAGGAAGCGACGAGAAAGAAUUAACGAUGAUAUAAUAACGCAAACAAGCACAUUUCCCCCGGAUGUCACGCAAAAUGCACGUGAAUACAAGCGACGAAAGCUCGAUCUUCAACAGGCCAGUGACAAUAAAUCGUCAAAUGUGGAUGAUGACAUGUUUGCUGAAUCUGUUCCCGCAUUGAUAGAAGACGAAGAUAACAAUCCAGAUGAAGAUUCUAGCGAACCCAAAGAUGGACAUGUAGGUGUGAUCAAAAAGUGGAGUGGUGACUUGGAUGAUGACUCAGAAGACUCUGACGAUGACUUGGCAGGGUUUGAGAAUUUGGCAAUAGUCGAAGCAACACUUGAGUUUAGACAACAUUUACCAAAGCCUAAAGCUCCAACGGUGAAAUCAAAGAGGCCCAAUUUUAAAGGAUUUCGUAUGAAGGAACCGCGUAAACCACCGUCUAUGAAGGUUGACUACAUGGAGGCUGCCCCAACUGAUAUGCUAUUAGAACAGGACAUGUCCAUGUUCGCAAAUAAAGAAAGGUACACGAAAAGGAAGCUGCCCCCCGUCGAAAGUUUGCAGAAUUCGUCUCGAUCUAAGCGCCGCAAAGAAACUAAAACACAGGCAGCGGAGAAUAUGUUUGUUAACUCCGAUGACAGUCUCAGCGAAGAUGAAUCUGAAGUUGGCAUGAACAACUACAGUUCAGCUAUCUCUAAUGAAAGCAGACCGGUCCAUAGCAUGGAUGACUAUGACGAAGAUGACGAAGAUGAGCUAUCAUUCAGAUUUAGCAAAAACUAA